AUACCUCAGAAGGUCUAGGGAUUGAUUUUCAACUUAUCUAUUUCGACGUUGCUGUUCGACUUCUUUGCUUCGCGUGAGGUAGGGCUUUGCACGAGUAGCUUUUUCCGCUUCCUUCGUCGCUGUUCGACUUCGCUCCUUCGUCGAGGUUCCCUUCCUGUCGGAUCGGAAUUCGCAACAUUUUGAUCGGAAGCAACGAAGGGAGCUCGCUAGCUGUGAAAGUAACUAUCUCUCUCCCUUUCGCAUUCUUCUCUGACCAAAUCCCGUAAAGCGUUCGACUUUCAGGAUUUACUAAAUCCUGGAUUUACAGUGCAAAGGGAGACGGAGGAUUUGUUCCGCCGUGAGAUUUAGCGGGAUCAAAUCCCGUUUGGCAGGAUUUGACUUAAAUCCUGUUGGCAAACAGUCUCUAAUUCGCCAGCAGGCCAAUGGCUCCCUCUCGCCGCCACGAUAGGGAGUCCGAUGAAGAUCGCCCGACCAGAAAUCAUCGAGGUGAUGUUGAUCGUGACCGUAGAAGGAGGAAAUCUCCAAUUCCUUCGUCUAGUUUUUCGAAGAGAGAUGAAGACAGGCGAAAUCGGGGGCGCCGUGAAAAGGACAAUGGCAGGGGAUCAGCAAAGUCUCGCACGCACCAGGCUUACAGGCACAGUAGCUCUGACGAGGAUUCUGAUUUGAGAGGUCGGCUUGAGGAGAAAUCCAAGGAUGUAAGGAGUCACUACAGUGUCCAGAGAUCGGAAAGCCCCGAACCUUGGCUGGAUAGGGUUGGGAAAAUGAAAGAGGAAAAGGAGGAGAAGAAACCUCAGCAGCCAGUGCAGCAGAUGGCGGAUGCAGUGGCUAUGAAAACUGGCGGGAUAUACAUCCCACCUCACCGGAUGGCUCAGAUGAUGAGGGAUGUGCAAGAUAAGAGCAGCGAAGCCUACCAGCGUCUAAGCUGGGAUGCCCUGAGGAAGAGUAUUAAUGGUCUUGUGAACAAGGUGAAUGCUACAAACAUCAAAAACAUCAUCCCUGAACUCUUUUCCGAGAACCUCAUCAGGGGAAGAGGGCUUUUUUGUCGGUCUUGCAUGAAAUCUCAGAUGGCAUCCCCUGGUUUCACUGAUGUUUUUGCUGCUUUGGUUGCGGUUGUGAACACCAAGUUUCCUGAAGUUGGUAAGCUCCUCCUGAAGAGGAUUCUCUUGCAGUUCAAGAGGUCUUUUGCAAGGAAUGACAAGCCUCAAUUGCUUGCUGCAACUAAAUUCAUAGCACAUCUUGUAAAUCAGCAAGUGGCACAUGAAGUCAUUGCUUUGGAGCUUCUUACAGUGUUAUUGGUAAAUCCCACGGAUGACAGUGUUGAGGUUGCUGUUGGAUUUGUCAAAGAAUGUGGAGCAUUGCUUCAGGACCUUGUUCCGCUUGGUCUCCACGGUGUUUUUGAGAGAUUCCGUGGCAUACUUCACGAAGGAGAAAUAGAUAAACGAGUACAAUUUUUGAUAGAAGGCCUUUUUGCCAUACGAAAGGCUAAGUUUCAGGGUUUUCCUGCUAUUCGUUCUGAACUAGAUCUAGUGGAGCAAGAGGAUCAGUUUACACAUGAGAUGUCAUUUGAGGAUGAGAUAGAUCCAGAGAUGAACCUAGAUGUUUUCAAGAAGAGUCUACAAUUUCUUGAAGAUGAGAAAGCUUAUGAUGAUCUCAAGAAAAGUAUUCUUGGGGAGGAAGAAUCUUCUGAUAAUGAAGCAGGAUCGGAAGAGGGCUCAGAUGUUGAGGAUGACGAAGAAUCUGAAGAAGAGGAUGAUGAACAAAUGAAGAUAAAGGACGAGACUGAAACCAACCUGAUCAAUUUACGGAGAACUAUUUACCUCACAAUCAUGUCAAGUGUUGAUUUUGAGGAGGCGGGUCAUAAAUUAUUGAAAAUAAAACUUGAGCCUGGUCAAGAGAUGGAACUGUGCAUAAUGUUGUUGGAAUGCUGCAGUCAGGAGAGAACCUAUCUGCGGUAUUAUGGUCUUUUGGGGCAAAGAUUUUGUAUGAUCAACAAAGUUCACCAGGAGAACUUUGAAAAAUGCUUUGUACAGCAAUAUUCCAUGAUACAUCGUCUUGAGACAAAUAAACUACGAAAUGUUGCAAAAUUUUUUGCUCAUUUGCUUGGCACUGAUGCACUGCCUUGGCAUGUUCUGGCAUACAUCCGCUUAACAGAGGAAGAUACAACUUCAUCUUCCCGAAUUUUCAUAAAAAUUCUUUUCCAGGAACUUUCAGAGCAUCUUGGCAUACGCCUGCUCAAUGAACGGCUUAAUGAGCCAACAAUGCAGGAUUCAUUUGAAUCAAUUUUUCCAAAGGAUAAUCCAAAAAACACAAGAUUCUCAAUAAACUUCUUCACUUCCAUUGGUCUUGGUGGCAUCACAGAGAACUUACGAGAGUACUUGAAGAAUAUGCCAAGACUUAUCAUGCAGCAACAAAAGCCUGUUUCAGAUUCUUCAGGUGAUGAAUCUGGUAGUUCCGGCAGCUCAAGCAGCGACGGUUCCUCCUCCAAUUCUGGUUCCGAUUCAGAGCCCGAGUCUGAAUCGAUUUCUGAUGAUAGCAGGCAUCGCAAGAAGUCGAGAAAGCGAUGAUGAACUAUUCGAGACGAAUGAGGCUACCACAGCUUUCCCAUCAUGUAAUUAUUACUUCAACCAGAUUUAUCUUUUUAAUCAUUUCCCUUGCUAUGCUGCUUAUGUUAGUCACUUGACUAGAUUUUCAUGUUAUCAGGUUUUAUUAUUGCUUCUGCAUGUCUCAAUAAUUUUGUAGAUGCUUCAGUGUGAUUGUUAGUUUUAGCCCAUCA